AUGGCCGCCUUCCUUCUCAUCGCGAUCCUCUUCUACGUGAUGGCCUCGUUCAUGGCCGCUGUUGCGGGCACCAACGUGAACGCCAUCGUGACCCCAACACACGUUAGCGUCCUGGGCGUUCCAGGGGUGUUCACAGCGCCCCCUGGGCCCAGCUGCGCCCUCCCGAACACGACCCCUCUUGUCAUGGGCUGUGUGUCGGUGAAGUCGCCAGCAGCCCCACGCGCGACGCCCACGAUGGCCGCAGCAACGACUCGACCACCUUUGCCGAUGUCGACCACUUCAAUGCCACCCCACACGACGAGACCUGCUGCCCCGACCACCAAAGGACCAACGACGUCACCGUUGCAGUCAACCUCUCCACGAACGACCUUGAGUGUUGGAGUCACAUCGCCACCUCCAUCGACGACCCCUCUUCGAACAACUGAAGAGAUCCGCACAACGAAAAGUCCAACGUACUUGCGUUCCACGGUGAUCCCAUCCCCAACAAAAGCUCGUCCCAAGCCCAUUUGGUCGUGGGUGGUUGUGGGGGUAGUGGUGUGUGGUGUGGGGCUGAUGGGGUGCGGCGUUGCCAAGUGGCGUCAAAAUCAAACCACUUCGUCACCCCCUGGGGAUGGACAUGCUGCUGACAUGUAUCACAUGGCGGCAACCCCCACAGGCAAUGUCCCAGUGCCGUGGCUUGACGUCCCUAACACGUGGCGCAAUGGCAUGGCCCCCAUGGACAGCAUAACAGAAUGGGAUGCUCGGGACGGGGAGGGGAACGACGCCCUCGUGCUAACGCCUCGCGAAAAGAUCCCCUGCCUUGACGCCAUCGGCAGCUACGAAGAUCAGCGGGGAUGUGGCAGCAUUUCGUCCAACAUCAGCAGUCCCCGACGAUCGUCGUCAGUCUGCAGCGACGUUGCCACCGUUGAAACCGUCGGCAGCUCUGAAGAUCAAAGGGGGUGGGGUAGUGUGUCUUCGAACACCAGCAGCCCGCGAAGGUCAUCCUCCGUCGGCAGCGACGUCAGCAGCGAUGGCCAGAGGGGGUGGGGUAGUGAGUCUUCCAACACCAGCAGCCCCCGAAGGUCAUCCUCUGUCGACAGCGACGUCACGGACAACUCAAGAUGGUCGUGA